AGCUAUACAUAUAUAAGAACCCGACCCGUUUCUAGUCGACAGUUUAGUGUGAGCUUCCAGUUACAUUCAUCCGAACGUUGACAGCGCGUUUGUCUUUUGUGCUAAGAGCAAAACAACACAAGCUAAUUUUCAACAUGAACCGCAUCAUCAUCGCCCUGACUGCCGUCUUUGCGUGUGCCUCGGCCCAAGUCUUCCUGAACCAACCGAUCCCGCUCGCGCUUCACCAACCGGCUCGCGAGGCUUCUCUGGCCCAUCCGGCAGUGGUGGAAAAUGCACUGCACGAAGCCCAGUAUCCGGAUCAGUUCCGCAACAACUUCUACAAAAACCCCCACAUUGCCGAUGCACUUGCCAAGCAGUCGUGGUUCGGCGACAAGGAGAUGCCCGUCUUUGAGCGUGAAGCAGACAAAAUCCCGCGCGAUCGUAUCGUGAAGAUCUUCAAGAAUGCCGGAUUUGUGCGACGGCGCUAAACCGUGCGCGCAAUGUGAUCCAUUGUGACGCAACGACCCGUGAUCAGUUCAAUGAUCAACGUGUACCGGAUUGCAAUGCCAACGAUGGUCGAUAAAUGCUCAACUUGCCACCUGUAACAAUUGCUUAGUUUCUGUGCAUUCUAGGGGAAACAUUUCUACCUUCCGCGGGAAUGCUUGUGAUGAUCGUGUCUAUUUUUCAUGUGUAAAUAGUCGUUAAUUUAUUGUGCCAAUAAAUUAUUUAUUAUGAGUUCAA